GCAACAUGUCUGUAGCCAUUAAAAAUACAAUUUAAAAAAUGAUUUCCCAUUCAAUCGCGCGGUCAAUAACGAGUAAUCGCACUUAAAAUGUGUCUUAACAAGUUGAUUUUUAAGACAUUUCACCUUCAUCUUGUUCAGCAGAUCAAGAAUACAGAAUUAAAAUCAAGAUUUCGCAGGAAACAUACGCACAAAGUGUUAUUACUAGCAAUAGCAGUACUCCUAAUAGUAUUACUAAUUAUUACUAUUAUAUAUUUAAUAAAAAUAAAUGAAGUGCCAGUAAGGACCUGUGAAAGUAGAGAGUGCCUCCGUUCUGCAUCCAAUCUAGCUCUAUCGAUGGACAAAACUGCAAAGCCAUGUGACGAUUUUUAUCAGUAUGUAUGUGGCAACUGGCCCGAAGAUCACCCGCGACCUGAUGCCUACCGGUCGUAUGAUUGGUUUAGAGAAAAGCAAAACAAAGUGUAUGCACUAGUGCGAGAUUUUCUUGCCAAGAAUAUUAGUGAUCGACCACGGCCUGUGCAGCAAGCAAAAGAUUUGUACAAUGCUUGUAUGGACACUGAGACAUUGGAUAAACUUGGACUGAAACCCAUGUUUAAAAUUUUAAAUACUCUAGGAUUACCUCUUUUUCCCACAUAUAUAAAUGUUACCAAAGAUUUUGAUUACUCUGCUUACAAAUUUGACUGGCUAGAAACAGUAAUUAAAAUCAAAGUCGAACUAGGAAUGGACGUACUUAUAGGCUUCGAUAUUUUCACGGAUCCUAAAAAUUCGUCAAUUUAUAGACUUGUAAUGGGAUCACCAGAAACCACGGAUCCUUUUCCAAGCAUGCAUAACAAUAAAAAGAAACACAUUGGAUAUAAAAAUAAAAAACCAUUUAAAAUACCCACAAAUGACGUCGGUGUGAACGAGACAUUUGUAACAUAUAAUGAUGGAGUUGGUAAUGCAGAAGACAAUACGAAACAAGACGACGAAAUAGAGAAAACAGAACGUAUACACAAAUUAUUUUAUGCAGAAUUAAUAAAACAAUUCGUAAUAGAAACAGAGGCAUUAAAAGAUUCAAAUUUAAGUGAAGCUGAAUACAAUAGCAAUAUAAUUUUAACAGCAAACAAAUAUUUCGUGAUUGAUAACGACGUGUAUGAGUUCGAAACUAACAAUGAGACUGACACUGAUGCCCAGGAAUUUUUGCAUAUACCAGAACUUACGGUUAAUGAAUUACAAAAUCUCACGGACAUAAUUGUUGAAAGUGAUAAUGGCACAGUAAUGCCUACAUGGAAGAAAUAUUUAGAAGGAAUUUUCAGUAUCAGUAAUGUUACUUUAAACUUCGAAACAGAUAAAAUUCUUGUAUCUCAAUCUGAUUUAAAAUAUUUAGGUAUUAUGGCAGCGUAUCUUUCUAAUACACCUCCCGUUAUCAUUGAGUUAUAUAUUUGGAUGAAGGUCACAAAAGUUAUGUCUGCACACACAACGAAAGAGCUGCGAAUGUUAUAUCAACGUUCAUAUGAAGAGAUCAGAGCCCACCGCCCAGAAUUUUCAUUACCACCUCGCAGUCUACAAUGUGCCAAUACGGUUAUUGAUUUAAUGGGGAUGGCCGUAUCAUAUGCUAUUAUUGAACCUGAUUUCUGGAACGUCACCAGACCUAAGGUCCAAACAAUGCUCGACGGAAUAAAAAACGCCUUAGCACAUUUAGUUGGCCAGACAAAAUGGAUGGAUGAUGACACUAAGUUGGCCACUUACCAGAAAAUAAUAGAAAUGAAAACACUAAUUGGCUUUCCGGAUUGGUUGUUCGAAGAAGGUGCAUUAGAAGAAUUCUAUAGUGGUAUAGAAAUAAACCCUGACACGCACUUGGACAAUAUGAUAAAUGUAAUUCAAGCGAAAGUAAAGAAAGUAUUGAAUAAGUACCGGGAUGAACACAAUUUUACAUGGGCUACCUAUCCUACGGAAGUAAAUGCUUAUCACACAUUUCAGGAAAAUACAAUAACUGUGCCAAUGGUAAUGUUGCAGUACCCGUUUUACAAUUUAGGACUUGACUCUCUCAAUUAUGGAUCUUUAGGAACAGUACUCGGUCAUGAAGUAACACACGGCUUCGACAAUUUUGGUCGUCUGUUUGAUAAGAAUGGCAAUCUUCUACCUUGGUGGACUAAUGCCACUAUAGAGUCGUUCGUCAACAUGACCGAGUGCUUUGUCGAUCAAUACUCGGGAUAUUAUCUACCAGAAUUAAAUGAAUAUCUAAAUGGUAAAAAAACUUUGGGUGAAAACAUCGCCGACAAUGGGGGGGUGAGGGAGGCAUUUAUAGCACUGACACGUCAUCUACACAAGCAUGGCUCUGAAGAUAAACUGCCUGGCUUCGAGGAUAUGUCUUCGGAACAGCUAUUUUUCUUAUCUUAUCAAAAUUUAUGGUGUGGAGUCUCAACUGUGGACUCAUUGGAAGCUGAUCUAAAUGAUGAGCAUUCGCCCCAAAAAUUCAGAGCUCGAGGUGCGUUGCAGAAUAAUAAUGAAUUUGCUAAAGCCUGGCAAUGUCCUUCCGGUAGUCCAAUGAACCCCACCCAAAAAUGUGUCAUCUUCUAAAUAAAUAAAAUUAACUUUUCAAUUAUCAAUUGCUUCAAACCUGCUAUAUUACAUUUACAACCGAGUAUAUUACAUUUUUAUUGUCUAUCAGUAAUAAAUGUUUUACAAGAAUCGUAAAUGAAAAGUUUAAGAUGGAAAAAUUAUCCACUCUAAUGGAAUUUGCUUCAAAUUGGAAAAAUACAGGAAUGAUGAUAAUGUAAAAAUAAAAGCCCAUUUUAAUGUUCUUGUAUAUUAUUUUUAUUUAUCGGAAAUAUUUUAUAAUACACAUUGUGAGUAAGUAGGUACUCUGUUAGGCUAAAAUUAUAUACAUCCCAAACUUUGUCAAUCAUAAGACAUAUUUUGCAAAAUAUUUGUGUAACCUCUCUUGAAGAAAUAGACUACAAUCGAUAAA